UGACUUUUAGACGCUGUGCUUGCCAAAUCUCUCCACCAUCACGGCACUCAAUGAAGAACAUCUGCACACUGGAAUCUUCAAGCUAAUGUCAGGAUGAAAUUUGAGAGUAUUCUGGCAGAGACAGAUGGGUUUGGGCCAUAUCAGAUUACACUGGUCAUGCUGCUGGUAAUACCUCGCAUCACUAUCCCAUGUCACUUCCUGUUAAACAACUUUAUCGCUGCCAUUCCAUCUCACCACUGCGACAUCAGCCACGUGGAAGCAAAAGGAUUUUUUGGAAAUCUGAGUAGGGAACAAAGACUGACUGUCAGUAUUCCAGCACAGGAAGACAGGACUCCUUCUUCUUGUCACAUGUUCUCCCAUCCUCAGUUCCACCUGCUGUCAAACUUCUCCAGCUCCCCAGAUGUUGCUGUAGUUCAGUGCCAGAAUGGAUGGGUGUAUGACAACAGCACAUUUAUCAGCACUCUGGCCACAGAGUUUGAUUUAGUUUGUGAGAAAAGGGGACUGGCCAAAGCAUCCGCCACCAUAUUUUUUGUGGGUGUCAUGGCUGGAUCAGUGUUCUUCGGAUUGCUCUGUGACAAGUAUGGCCGGAGAAACAUGCUGCUGAUGUCCUAUGUCUCAUCCAUAGUAUUCAGUGUGGCCAGUGCCUUCUCCAGUACCUUCAUUAUGUUUGCUGCCUUCCGGUUCCUAACCGGAUUUGCACUGACGGGUAUUAGCAACAUAUCAUUUGUGCUCAGUAUUGAGUGGGUGGACACUAAGCAUCGCACAUGUAUUGGGGUGUUUGGCAGUAUUUCCUGGGCUGUAGGCAACAUGCUGCUGGCAGGCUUUGCCUAUCUGGUCACGGAUUGGAGGAUGCUUAUUAUUACAGUCACUUCUCCUCUUCUUCUUGCUGCUGCCACCUGGUGGUGGAUCCCUGAAUCAGCACGGUGGCUCAUAGCCAACGGAAAACCUGACAUGGCAUAUAAGUAUUUGCAAAAAUGUGCUAACUUUAAUGAGAGACGACACUUCAUGUCCAGAGUCAAGCCAGAGACUCUAUCCACUAUAGUGUCUGUGGAUAAUCAGGGUCACAGUUACACCUACUUAGACCUAUUCAAAACCCCUCACCUCAGGAGACUUGCACUCUUCACAGGCAUAGUGUGGUAUGGAGUUGCAUCUACAUACUAUGGCAUCAGCUUAAACAUCACUGGCUUUGGACUUGAUCUUUAUCUGACACACUUCAUUUAUGCAUCCAUAGAGGUGCCCGCAAAAAUCCUCACCUACUUCUGUCUCAACAAGGUUGGUCGUAGACUCUGUCAAACAGGGACACUGGUACUCACAGGAUUCUGCAUACUCAUCAACAUCAUCACACCUACAGAAUACUGGAUGUUCCGAACUGUAAUCGCAGUAUUGGGUAAAGGGCUUUCAGAGGCUUCAUUUACAACCAUUAUUCUAUACACCACAGAGCUCUAUCCUACGGUAUUGAGGCAGAAUGGGCUUGGAUACACCAAUUUCAUAGCUCGACUGGGAGCAUCUAUUGCUCCCCUUAUCAUGCUUUUAGAAGAAGUAUGGACACUACUCCCACAGGUGGUCUUCUGUGCAGUUGCCAUCUCCUCUGGUCUCAUUGCUUGGCUUCUCCCUGAAACCAACAACAUAAGAUUGCCAGAAACCAUCGAAGAUAUUGAAGAGAUGAGAAAGAGAUCUGUCUAUAUCACAUCGGAUGAUCACAGCGGAGUCCCUCAAAAGAAGCCUAGCACUGCAGACACAACUCAAUGAGACAAACACAGACACAUUAGAAUCAGAAUGAGCUUUAUUGCCAAGUAUGCUUCCACAUACAAGGAAUUUGUCUUGGUGACAGGAGCUUCCAGUGUACAACAAUACAAAAACAGCAGCAAGACAUAGAUAAUAAUGAAAAAUAAAAAACAGUUUACACAUACGUACAGACACACAUACAUACAUACACACAUACACAUGGGUAGUGCAGUAAGUUGUCAUCACUUUAGUAAGCUGUCAUAGUCACAAGUGACAAGUUGGUGACAAGAUGUACUUGAAAACAAAUAUUGCCUUAUGUAAAUAAACA